UGUCAACUGAAAGUCGUUGCCUUUAUAAUUCUGUCCAGAAAUAAAAACUAAAAAAAAAGAACAAUCAUAGAGCUUCGGUAAUUUCAUUUCUUUUGUUGUUCUUCUCCGCCUGUUCAAACCCCUGUCUCUGAUCAGAUGGUACUAAUUUUAUGGGUCUGAGACAUUGAUGAGUUGAAAGUACGGAAUUGUCGGUUAAGGUCUGACAAAAACAGAAGACGAAUUUGUUUGGGAAAAUUUUGAUUUCUGAGGUUUCUAUGAUGGAAGGCCAACUUGUGGGCACCGAUAUUCAUGGAUUCCAUACAUUGCUUGAUUUAGAUGUUGGGAAUAUUAUGGAAGAAGCCAAAACAAGAUGGCUCCGCCCGAAUGAAAUUCUUGCAAUUCUCUGUAAUUACAAGUAUUUCAGCAUCAGUGUCAAGCCGGUGAACUUUCCUAAAAGUGGCAAUAUCAUAUUGUUUGACCGUAAGAUGCUUAGGAACUUCCGGAAGGAUGGUCAUAACUGGAAGAAGAAAAAGGACGGGAAGACUGUCAAAGAAGCCCAUGAACACUUAAAAGUUGGUAAUGAAGAAAGGAUCCAUGUGUACUAUGCACAUGGCCAAGAUAACCCAACCUUUGUUCGCAGGUGUUACUGGCUGCUUGACAAGAGCCUAGAACACAUAGUCCUUGUUCAUUAUCGUGAAACACAGGAGGUCAGCACUAUCAUGCUGCAGGGAUCUCCUGGGACACCUGUCAAUUCAAAUUCUAGUUCUGUUUCUGACCCAUCUGCUCCUUGGUUUUCAUCUGAAGAACAUGAUUCAGGCGCUAAACAUGCAUAUAAUACAGGUCCUGGUGACAAUUUUACUGUCCAGAAUCAUGAAAUGAGGCUUCUUGAGAUUAAUACACUUGAAUGGGAUGAGCUCCUGCUGACAAAUGAUUCUAACAAUUUAACUGCGCCUACAGGAGAGAAGGUUUCAAGCUUUGAUCAAUCAAACCAAAUUGCAGAAAAGGGCUCAUUACAUUAUGGAGUGAAUAAUUUUUCAGCUGAAGUUUCUUCUUUUGGUAAUUUGACGGAGUCAAUUGCUAGGAGCAAUAACACUCAUUCAAGUUUCCCAGACAGCGUUCAUGUCCAGACGCUGGGGGUUCAAGUGAACACAAACAUGCUUAGAGGGAAUUCUAUUACCAUGGGCACCCAUGAUUCCUUGGACAUUCCAGUCAAUGGUGGAUUGGAAAGCCAGGACAGUUUUGGAAAGUGGAUGAACCACAUCAUUGUUGAUGAUGAAGUGCUUGAACCCUCAAUUUCUUCCUGUCAUGAAUCAUCUGUCUCUAAAGCCCUGGAUCAUCAUAAAUCUUCCAUUCCAGAGCAAAUAUUUAGCAUAACAGAGGUCUCACCGGCAUGGGCGUUUUGCACUGAGAAAACAAAGAUCCUAAUCACUGGAUUUUUUCAUGAAGAGUAUCAACAUCUUGUGAAGUAUAGUCUCUCUUGUGUCUGUGGCGAUGUCUGUGUUCCUGCAGAAACUGUUCAGGUUGGGGUGUAUCGCUGCUUGGUGUUACGACAUUCUCCUGGAUUAGUACACCUUUUUAUGAGUUUUGAUGGUCACAAACCCAUCAGCCAAGUGUUGAAUUUUGAGUAUCGCACUCCUUUAUUGAGUAAUCUAGUGGUUGCCUCAGAAGAGAAGCACAAGUGGGAGGAGUUCCGAGUUCAACUUCGGCUGGCUCAUCUGCUCUUCUCUACAUCCAAGAGCCUUAGCAUUCUGUCUAAUAAAGUAUCACCAAAUGCCCAUGCCCUGAAGGAGGCUAAGAAGUUCUCCCUCAAAACCUCUAACAUUUCAAAUAGUUGGGCAGAUUUUAUCAAAUCAAUUGACGACAACAAACCUCCAUCUCCACAAGCAAAAGAUAGUCUGUUCGAACUCACUUUGAAAAACAAACUACAGGAGUGGCUGCUGGAAAGAGUUAUUGAAGGCUCUAAAACCACUGAAUGUGAUUUCCAAGGUCAAGCUGUAAUACAUUUAUGUGCUAUUCUAGGAUACAGCUGGGCUGUUUAUUUUUUUACAUUGUCAGGCUUAUCAUUGGAUUUUCGUGAUAAACAUGGAUGGACAGCUCUUCAUUGGGCAGCAUAUUGUGGAAGGGAGAAAAUGGUUGGAGUCCUCUUAACUGCUGGUGCAAAGCCAAACUUGGUCACAGACCCUACCCCGGAAAACCCUGGUGGAUGUACUGCUGCUGAUCUUGCAUCUCUCAAGGGGUAUGAUGGCUUAGCAGCUUAUCUUUCAGAAAAGGCCUUGGUAGAACAAUUUAAGGAUAUGAGCAUAGCUGGAAAUGUCAGUGGUUCCCUUGAUACCAGCGCAACUGAUACAGUAAACACUGAGAACCUCAGUGAGGAUCAGCCGUACCUAAAAGAUACGUUGGCAGCCUAUCGAACAACUGCUGAAGCUGCAUCACUUAUACAGGCUGCAUUCAGGGAGCGCUCACUAAAACGUCAGACGGAAGAAGUUCAGUUUUCUGUUCCAGAGGCUGAAGCACGCGGUAUAGUUGCAGCAUUGAAGAUUCAACAUGCCUUUCGCAAUUUUGAGUCACGAAAAAGGAUUAUGGCUGCUGGGCGUAUUCAACAUAGGUUCCGCACUUGGAAAAUUCGCAAAGAGUACCUUAAUCUGCGUCGUCACACUAUCAAAAUUCAAGCUGUUUUCCGUGGCUACCAAGUGCGGAGGCAGUACCGUAAAAUUAUUUGGUCAGUUGGGGUGCUUGAGAAAGCAAUUCUGCGCUGGCGUUUGAAGAGAAAAGGUUUUCGUGGUCUUCGUGUUGAUCCUAUCGAAGUAGAUCCAGAUCCGAAGUGUGGAAGUGAUACAGAGGAGGACUUCUAUCGAGCUAGCCGGAAACAAGCUGAAGAGCGUGUUGAGAGAUCUGUUGUACGGGUUCAGGCCUUGUUCCGUUCGAAGAAAGCACAAGAAGAGUAUCGGAGGAUGAAGAUAACCCACAAUGAAGCCAAGCUGGAAUAUGAAGGGCUUCUUGACCCUGAUAUAUUCAUGAACUAGGUGAAGAGACAGGUGCAGAAACAGGCUUCACUAUGGUUCAGAUACUGGGGAGUCUGGCUGUUGUUGAUAGAAAUCCAGAAGUGUUGUGUACUCUCAUAGCCUGUACAUCCUGUAAAUGCCUAGAUUAGUGUGUUCGCCUGCACUUUUGACCCUUUCAAAGUGCUUUUAAGAUUUUGAGAGGGUCAUGGGUUCAGUCCGUCUUCUUGUGGUACUUUAAUUUCUUGUUUGAUUUUUGGUUUUUCACCAAUUGUUCACUGCUUUGGACACCACAUUUAGGAAUGACUUGUAUAUGCCAUCUUAUUCUGCACCGCCAAAAAAAAAACCCGAUUAGGGUAAUGCACGUUGGACAAAGUAGGAGAAUAAAGUAAUGUAAUAAGUCACAUUUUUAUUCCAUAAUGCAGACGUGGUAGUUUUAACUAA